AUGGAGGCAAAGCCACAGUGUAUCAAUAGUGUAACCAUGGCGCCAGUCGCCCUUCCCAAGGUCGACGACCUCAGGAUCGAGGACAAGGAGGAGGACAAGAAGCCCGACGAGGUCGAGGACGAGGGCGACGAGGGCGAAGAUGACGACGAAGAGGGGCCUGCGGGGGGAGACGCCCAGAAGAAGAAGAAGAAGAAGAAAAAGCCCAAGAAGAAGAAGGCUGCCGCUAUGGUCCAGUCCGAGCCCCCUCGCGUGGGGCUGAGCAAAAUCUUCCGCAACGGCGUGUACCCCGUCGGCGAGGAGGUCGAGUACAAGGACGACACGACUUGUCGCAUCACGUCCGAGGAGAUGCGCGAGAAGGAACGCCUGUUGCAGGGCGACCCGACGGACACGUACCAGAACAUCCGCAAGGCUGCAGAGGUGCAUCGCCAGGUACGGCAGUAUGCUGCGCGUAACAUUAAGCCUGGCAUGACGAUGAUUGAGAUUGCCGACAUGAUUGAGAACGGCACGCGCUCGCUCGUCGAGGAGAACGGGUUCGAGGCGGGCAUCGGUUUCCCAACGGGCCUCAGCACCAACGAGGUGGCCGCGCACUACUCGCCCAACCCCGGAGACACCAAGGUUUUGCAGAAGAGCGACGUGCUCAAAGUCGACUUUGGUGUUCACGUCAAGGGGCGGAUUGUCGAUUCGGCAUUCACGCUCACAUGGGAGCCGACGUGGAACAAGCUCCUCGAGGCAGUCAAGGACGCUACGAACACGGGUAUCGCCGCGGCGGGCAUUGAUGUCCGGCUGUGCGAUAUUGGCGAGCAGAUCCAGGAAGUAAUGGAGAGCUACGAGGUCGAGGUCAACGGAAAGGUCUACCCCGUCAAGAGUAUCCGUAACCUGAACGGACACAGUAUUGUUCCCUACACCAUCCACGGCGGACACGACGGAAUUCCUGGCAAGAGUGUGCCGAUUGUCAAGCAGUUUGGUGCGGCAAAGGACACGACUCGCAUGGAAGAGGGCGAGUACUUUGCCAUUGAGACUUUCGGGAGCACAGGCAACGGCCGUGUCGACGAGGACGGCACGUGCUCGCACUAUGCUCUCACGCCGCAGCAGCCGGCAAACUACACGCUGCGCCACCAGUCGGCCAAGAACUUGCUCAAGAGCAUCAAGGCCAACUUUGGCACUCUACCCUUCUGCCGCCGAUACCUCGAGCACGUUGGCGAGAAGAAUUACCUCCUCGGCCUCAACACGCUCGUUCGCGAGGGGAUCCUCUCCGACUACCCCCCUCUCGUUGACCACGCGCCUGGUGCGCAGACGGCACAGUUUGAGCACACCAUCCUCCUCCGGCCCACGUGCAAGGAGGUCGUGUCGCGCGGUGACGACUACUAG